GAAGUGGUCUCGGAAAGCUCCGCUGAUUGCAAAAUGACCAAGAUCCAAUUGGCCAAGCUCAGCUCCAUUCAAUUAGGCAAUAUAUCUUAUGAAGACUUUCAAAGCAGGUUUUCUUGCACAAAAGGUAGGUCUCAGACCUAG